AUGUUCCAGAACCCCUCAGCCGCUUCCUGGAGAUAUGCUGGCCUUACCGCCAAUCCAGCAGUCGAGCUAUUCCACAAGAGCUUACCAGACUACGCCGUCACUCCUUUGGUCCCUCUUCCUGACUUGGCCAAAGACCUCGGCCUAGGGCAUGUUCUCAUCAAAGAUGAAUCCAGCCGGCUAGGUCUUCCUGCAUUCAAGAUCCUCGGCGCUUCGUGGGCCAUCUACAAAGCAGUAGCUGCAAGAUGCGAGCUUCCCCUGACUACAUCCAUACAAGAACUUGGAGCUACAGCAAGCGAAGAGCAUAUUAAGCUGGUGACGUGUACGGAAGGCAAUUGGGGAAGAGCAGUCGCAAGAAUGGCAAAAUAUCUACAGAUUCCAGCGGUCAUAUUUGUGCCUAAUUUCAUGGACCGAGCUACACAGCAGAAGAUCGAGAGCGAAGGGGCAAAGGUGAUCGUCGUAGAGGGAGAUUAUGACCAUUCAAUUGCGAGAGCGAGAGAGGAGGCGGACAAGGAUGGGUUAUUGGUAAUGGAUGUAUCUUGGGUUGGAUAUGAGGAGAUCCCAACGUGGGUUGUCGAAGGCUACACUACGAUGCUCACCGAAACGGGCAGAGAGUUAAAAGAAUUGGGCAUCAGCGGAGUGACACACGCAAUUGCUUCCGUCGGCGUCGGCUCCUGGGCGCAAGCCGUUACAAUGCACUACAAAUCCGAAAGUCGAGCAUCGCCAGCCACUGUCAUUACCGUGGAGCCGGACACCGCAGCGAGCCUAAAAGUAAGCCUAGAAGCCGGGAAGAUCACGCCCAUUACGACAGGUCAUACGAUCAUGGAUGGAAUGAACUGUGGCACAAUAUCGACUAAUUCUUGGGCGGUCCUGAAGAAUGGUGUUGAUGUCAGUAUCACCGUCUCUGAUAUGGAGGUUCAUAGCGAUCUGCAAUACCUGCACCGUCAGGGUGUCAAGAACGGCCCGUGUGGCGCUGCUCCUUUGAGUGCUUUGAAGAAGCUGUGCAAGGAUAUGAAAGAUGAGUUGGGACUGAAUGAAAAGUCUGUAGUGGCUCUGUUUAGUACCGAAGGGACGAGAGACUACGUUUCUCCUAUCGGAGCUUCGUGUUGA